GCCUUUAACCUAUUUAGGGUUUCAUUUUUCUUAUUAGGGUUUUCUCUGAAGUGAAAAAAAAGCCGUAAGAGCAGCGACGACAACAGCAGCAGCACCCAAUGGUUCUCAAGACUGAACUCUGCCGCUUCAGCGGGUCAAAGAUAUACCCGGGUAGGGGUAUCAGAUUUAUCAGAUCAGAUUCUCAGGUUUUCCUGUUUGUCAACUCAAAAUGCAAGAGGUACUUCCACAACAAAUUGAAGCCCUCAAAGCUUACUUGGACAGCAAUGUAUAGAAAGCAGCAUAAAAAGGACAUAGCUGCUGAGUCUGUGAAAAAGAGGCGUCGGGCCGCCAAGAAGCCAUACUCUAGGUCCAUUGUUGGAGCUACCUUGGAAGUUAUCCAGAAAAGGAGAGCUGAAAAACCAGAAGUACGAGAUGCAGCACGUGAAGCUGCUCUCCGUGAAAUUAAGGAGAGAAUCAAGAAAACCAAGGAUGAGAAGAAGGCAAAGAAAGCAGAAGUGACAGCCAAAUCUCAGAAGACUCAGAGCAAGGGAAAUCUGCCCAGGGGUGCUGCACCAAAGGCCAAAAUGGGAGGUGGCGGUGGAAAGCGCUGAGCCGACAACUUAGACUAGUCAGAGGGAGCUACUGGGCUAGUUGUACUGUUGAGGAAGAUUUUGUAGUACUUUCUUGUUCUUCAGUUUUGUUUUCUUUGUGGCUUUAUUAAAAUUGAACUUGAGCAGAUAUAUUUUGUAUCGAGGUUUUAAGCUUUGGUCAUGACCUUUUUAUAUUGCUUUGUUUUGAAUUCCUGGUAAUUUAUAUGGAUACGAAAUCUUGGAUCGUUUUGAAAACUCAAUGAACUAAACUAUAGAUUACAAUCA